UAAAGUCUGAAGAAGAAAGAAGAAGAAGAACUUUUCCUUUUUGUCUUUUGCUUUUUCUUUUUUUUUUUAUUUUCCCUCUUUUUUGUUUGUUGGUGCCAAUGAAAUGGGAGAAAUGGAGAUCGAAGAAAUCGAAGCUGUUCUUGAGAAAAUCUGGGAUCUACAUGACAAGCUUAGCGAUGAGAUUCACUUGAUUUCGCGUUCUCACUUCCUCAAAUCCGUUAAACCUUCGAAUCGAUCGGAGAAGAGGAAGACGACGACGGCUCAGCACGGCGGAGAUGAUAAGCGACCGGGUUAUGUUUUCAUCAAAGGAUUCGCCGUCGAUGAUAACGACUCUACGAUGCGAGAGGCCAAGAGUCUUAACGCUAUUCGAACCGCUCUUGAGAACCUUGAAGACCAGCUUGAGUUUUUCCAUACAAUUCAUACACAGCAACGAACAGAGAGAGAUGUUGCAGUUGCCCGGCUUGAACAGAGCAGAAUAUUACUAGCAAUGAGAUUGGCUGAGCACCACGGCAAGAACUACGGAGUCCUCGAAGAAGCUCUUGCAUUUGUUGGGAGUAUCAAAACCGCCAGUCAUUUUGUUUCGCCUGAUCACCUAUAUGAUUCCUCUAUAAACCCAACCGGAGCAAACUCUACACCUUCCGAUGGCCAAAAGUCGAACUUUGUAAUCAACGCCUUUGCCUCGACUUUCGGGUUUGCCAAAAGAGCACUUGGAUUCAACCAUGUGAGAGGCGUACUUGGAAACGCUGCUAUAUUCGCCAUUAGCAUGGUGGCUAUGCUACAUCUUCACCAAGUGGCUACUAGUGAACAUCAUGUACAGAAGAAAGAAGACAGAUACUACAGAAGCCAACAAAGGAAAACCUAUGGAAGAGGAGAGAUGUCUUCAGGUGACAGAACUUUGGACCACUUGGACGUGAUGAUGGCUCGUGGUUAAGACCAAAGAUCGAACUUGACUCUACACGUGAUGGUACUCAGAUGCAUUUGAUAUAAAGACAAAAAGGGAAAACCAAGAAGAGAAGAGAUAAUUUGUUGCUCUCAUAUGAUCUUCUCGGUUUCGAUAUUAUCUCAGUAUAAAGAUAAGAAUCUUGGAGGCAAUAUGUUGGAAUUUUCUGAGCUCAUCUGUUGCAUAUAUCUUUCUUUUCUUCUUGUUUUGAUUUUCAAUCACUGUGGUUAAAGUUUUGUUUGUUUUGUUGAUUUCAAGUGUGGUUAGGCUUUUUUUUGUAAUCCACAAGAUCUUUAGGCUCUUUUGUAUUGGCAAAUUCUCGAGGCAUAGCGAAGAAUUGACGGA